UUUACUUUACGUGCUCACAUAUUAGCUUGGACUGGAGAUCUUCCUGCUCUUUCAAAAAUUUUAUAUUUAACGGGACAUAAUUCAUAUUCAGGUUGCAGAUUCUGUAAUCUUCGAGGAACUUUAAAUGAAAUGAAUAGACAUGUAUAUUAUCCAUUACAACAAAAUAUUGAUCCUAUACGAUUACCAAUUCGAACACAUGAUGAGAUGCUGACUAGCAUAAAUCAAAUAGAACAUCUGAAAGGAGAUCGUAGAGAAACUUAUAUACGUAACUGCGGAAUUAAAGGAAAGAGUAUAUUAUUUGAGUUAUCUUCUAUAAAAUUUCCGCGUUCAUUUCCAGUAGAUAUAAUGCACCUUUUUUUCGAAAACAUUGCACCUCACAUGUUUCGACAUUGGAUAGGAAAAUUCUAUCCAAAAAAUGAUGAACGGAAUUCAAAUAAUUAUACAAUAAGUUCUAAAACAUGGAUUGAAAUUGGUGAAAUCAUGGAAAAAAAUAGAUCUAAUAUGCCAUCUGAUAUUGGACGUCCUCCACGCAAUAUCAUUAAACAUUCGGCUGGGUUUAAAGCUGUGGAAUGGGCAAAUUGGAUUAUUUUAUUUUCUUUACCAUUAUUAAAAGGAAGGCUGCCACAAAGUUACUUCUUAGGAUGGUCAAAUUUUGUUGAAGCUGUUCAGUUAUGUAUUCAACCUCGAAUAGAUUUUGAAGAUCUAGAUAAAAUCCGAAAUUUAUUGAUACAAUUUUAUAAUCAUUAUGCAAGGUAUCAUCUUUAUGGAAUUAUAUAA